AUGUCGCGGAGAGUGGCCGAGCACAGCGCCGCCAUUCAUCAGUGGUGCUCAGAGGGACGACCAUGCGUCGGACAAUUACCGAAGGCCCUAUCAUUAACCAAGACAUGUCUCCUUGUAACCGUAUCAUGUCUCAUAGUUAUCAAGUACAAGAUAAUGCUCGACAACCGUCUCAUCUACAUGUUGGGCCGCCCGCCGAUGCCUGAAGGACAAGGGGGCUCCGAGUGGCGCGGGGCUGCGAGGGCCCUUCAAACAGAAAAGCCGGCAGCGAUUCGUGUGCGGCUGGGAAUAAUUAUUAGCCGCCGUUACAGCUCUCCCGGCGUCGGGAGCUGGCGGAGAGAACGUGACCCGAUCCCGAAUGCGCAUUACGAGGCCGUCACGCGUUGGCCGUUUCUCAAGGCGGCGGUCGAGGUGGUGCGCGCGGGAAGCGCAAUCAAUUGGAGUUGCUGGGCAAAGGCCCAGCUCCUCCGUAAGCCGUCCAUAAUGAGCUUCGGGGCGGACGAUAUAGGUACAUACAAUUUCGCAGAUGUCUAUUAUAGGGGCGACACAAGAGUCUAUUAUUACGAGACUUAUGUUAUGAUCAACAGCACUCGCGCUACGUCGGAAGCGGGAAGUGAGAGGCGGAGGCGGAGGCGGCGGCGGAGGCGGAAGCGGCGGCCGGUGGACGUCGCACCGCGCCGUUCCCCGAUCGCGGACUGGCGAGAGCGCCGAGCGAGGCGCGGCAGAGCGGAGUCUGUGCCCACCCCGUGUGCGCUCGCCCCGGCUAAGGGCCGCGGCGGGCGCGUGGAAAACGCAACGCGCGACCGCACGGCACUUUUCACUAGCGGAACUACGGCGCUCGCAACGACUUUGAGCCAACUGGGAGCCCUCAAA